AUGUCUCCUGCCAAAGAGGCCGCCAAAAUCGUCUUCAUCAACGUCCCAGGUGACAAGAAUGCACUGUCGCAGCGUGAUCGCGAACUGCAAGCUGCGGAAGCGCGUGCGCACGCGGCGCGAGUAUCCAGGCGUCCUCCUCAAAAGGCUGGUGUCGUGAAGCACGAACCAGACGGCCAUCUCGGAAUCACAUUGUCGGCAUUGCUUGGUUCGCCCAAUGCCCUUGCCGUACGACCAUCGCGUCGGAAAGCAAAGCGAUGGCCCAAGGUCCAGGAAGAGGGAGGUGAAGAUUAUGAUACAUCACUGAACAAAAGAAGGCUGCAUGCUGUCUCGGCGUCCAGCUUGGGUCAAGGUCAAGUAGAUCCGUUCGACAGUGCGCCUGUCAAGGGAUUGGACAAUUUCAUCUACUCGAUUCUCGACUUCGCAUACGACUAUGCGUUUCCCUCCUUCGUCCCAGCUGCUCCUGCCACUGCUUUACCCACUCACCGUGCCAAUCGGCGUAGGCUUGGUCGAGAAUUUGGGUUCCUUCUCGAAGCUCAGAUAGUGGCGGCUGCCAAAUUCCAAAUGAGCCCCAUGAUCUCCUUGACGAAUCAAGACAGGAGACGUAUACAGGCGAUUAACGAGGUCCACGAGAAAAGAGCCGUUGACCUCCUCGAUCAGGAGCUUCGGCACCUAAACACUGCUCCGUCUGAUACCCUAAUUUAUGCUUCAGCCCUGCUGGCCUACGUUUCAGGGCCUAAUUAUGAUUGGACCUCUACCAAACAUCCUAAAUCACCGCUCGCAACAGUCCAGAAUCUUCACGCCAUGGGUCAUCUUGAUAUCAUUCCGGACCGCGUUCAAGGCGUGCGGACAUUGGUACAGCUGCGGGGCGGUAUUGACGCACUAAGCAUGCCUUUUCAGCGCAUCGUUUUGACAUAG